UUCCUACUCGACUAAUCUAUAACAUGUAGGUCCUGGCCAGUCAGGUGAGCGCACUAUAAACUCAAGCGGCUUUUACAGAGUACAACUACAUCUAAAGGUCUAGUAUACCAGACAGUCUUAUUGGCAGCGGAGGGAUAGAUUCGCCCGGCCCGGUACGCUAAACGGCAACUCGACUCCAUUCGGUCCAACUUCACGGACGAGACGGGGGCUAUGCAACGGUAGCCUUCUACAUAUCUGCCUGGACACCGAUAUAUCAUCUAUCCAUCUUCUAGAGUUCUUUCCUGUCUAUCUUAUAAUUCUCGCUGUCCCCUCUCUACCUCAGCGUCGUCACUCCCUUCCUUUCGCCAUGGCGGUGCACUUCAGACUGUGGCUACUCUCAGCCAUUGUCAUUUCAUUCAUCGGCUCACAUUAUUCUCAUACUCUAUUGGUUUUCUCACACAGCUUCUUGUGGAAUGCGGUGGCUCUCUAUCUAACCUUGCAAUCGGCGAACCUCAUCUGGGAAAUCAUCAUCUACCCCUUCUGUUUCAGCCCUCUGCGGCACCUUCCACAGGCCCCAGGCGCAAACUUCCUUCUUGGCCACUACAAGAGGAUUUUCCAAGAACCGACUGGAGAGCCCCAAAGAGAUUGGAUUGACAGCGUACCCAACGACGGCGUCAUCUAUUAUCGAUGGCUUCUCAACCGACCAAGAGUCCUCAUCACUAGUCCGAAGGCCUUAGCCGAAGUUCUCGUCCAGAGAAACUAUGAAUUCACCAAACCUGCUCGGCUCCGAAAAGGCUUGGGUCGUCUUUUGGGUGUUGGAAUUCUGGUAGCUGAAGGUGACGAGCACAAGCGCCAAAGAAAAGCCCUCAUGCCCGCUUUCUCCUUCCGCCACAUCAAAGACCUCUACCCCAUCUUCUGGUCCAAGUCUCGUGAAAUGGUGCAAGCCAUGCUCACUACCAUCCAAUCUCCUCCAACCCCUUCCGCUAACACGGAAUCGCCAACCACAACGGACCCCAGUGUCGUCGAAAUCCGCGACUGGGCUUCCCGCGCCACCCUCGACAUCAUCGGCGUCGCCGGCAUGGGUCAAGACUUCCACUCUCUCGCCGACCCGGACAACGAACUCUUCAAGACGUACCGCACCAUUUUCAGUCCCAUGAGAGGCAGACGCAUUUUCCAACUGAUCAUGAUGCUCCUCCCAGAAGAGCUCCUGGAUCUCCUCCCCUUGGAGCGAAAUACGCAGAUUAAAAAAGCCAUUGUCACGAUCAAGAAGGUAGCGAAGGACUUGAUCCAGACGAAGAGGGCCAAUCUGGCCGACGGAAAGGCGAGAGACCUAGACAUCCUCUCCGUAGCCAUUGAAUCCGGCGGCUUCAGCGACGACGACCUCAUCAACCAACUCAUGACCUUCCUCGCCGCGGGUCACGAAACCACCGCCUCGGCCGUCACCUGGGCCGUCUACCUCCUCUGCAAGCACCCGGACGUGCAGGCCAAACUCCGCGACGAGCUCCGCUCCUCCGGCAUUCUCACCGCCCUGCACUCCGCCUCUGGCAGAAACGAUGCAGGGGAGGAAAUCACAUCCCGCCACAUCGAUGCCCUGCCCUACCUCUCCGCCGUCCUGUCCGAAUCCCUCCGCCUGUUUCCCCCGGUCCCACAGACCCUGCGCGAAUCACCCCCGUACCACACUACCAUCGCGAAUCACCCGGUGCCGCCUUCCACGACCGUCAUCAUCUCCCCCUGGGCCAUCAACACGUCCUACGCUCUCUGGGGCCCAGACGCCCGCGCCUUCAAUCCGGACCGCUGGCUCGGUCCCGGGAGAGCCAAUACUGGCGGCGCCGAAAGCAAUUUCGCCUCGACGACGUUCCUGCAUGGACCCAGGAGUUGCAUCGGCAUGGGGUUCGCCAAGGGCGAGUUUGCGUGUUUGAUGGCGGCACUGGUGGGAGCGUUUGAGAUGCGGUUGAGGGAUGAGGAAGAGGAGAUUGAUAUUACGGGCGGGAUUACGGCGAGGCCGAGGAAUGGCUUGUGGGUGAAGCUGACGCCUGUGGGGCAGUGACGGGUUGGGUGGGCAAGGGGUAAGUGUUGAUGUCAAGGAUGUGCAUGUGGCUAUGGAUAUAGCACGAUUUUUGAACAUAAGCUGUGGCUGAAAGAAGGCGAAAUAUUUAGACCC